AUGAGCGCAGCAGUACAAAGGAUCAAAGCCAAGGAAGACAAGCUCAAGGCUCUGAAAUCCCAGUGUGAGGAGCUUGAUGCUAAAUAUAACCAUCUGUGCUCCAAAUUUGGGAUAGAGCUCACGCCGCAGGCGCUCAACGAGCAGAAUAUCAAGAAGCUGAAGCUCUACAAUGAGCUCCGUGAUACAGGGCUCCGGAUGGUCCAAGUAGUGGCAGACGAAAAACAGUGCCGCCUUAAGGAUGUAUUCGACGAAAUGGGGUUCGAAAUGAAUGAUUAA